AUGGCCCUUCCUCCAUCGCACACCGCGAAGCGCACGCGCCCGUCGACCUCUUCCCUUGCAAAGUAUGCGAGCGGUGAACACCACAAGUCCAAUGACGUGGAUCAGCUCGAAGGUCUGCAGUCCGCAGACGACCACCAGGUCACGGACGACGACCAGCCACGACGGAAGCGGCCCAUGAUCGCCGCGAAUCUCCGAUUUCUCGAGAAAAUGCCUCCGCUGCGCAACUAUCAGCGCGACGUGCACUCUGGACGUCGGGGAGGGGUCGACGGGGGCGACGGGGACAGCUCGUUCUGGAUGCGCGCGCUGGAAGAGUCCAUGGAAGAGACGAGCUUCGUGACCGGGGAAAGGCCAACGCGUGCGGCUCUGGUCGCACCAGUUCCGAGCGCAAUGGACAACCAAACGCACCAUCAGUUUGUGCCGGUGCCCCUCGCAGUCAGAGGGGCUGCCAGAGUCGGCGUACCGGCGCCUGUGUCCCUAACGACGGCGUCGACCAUGCGAUGGAGCAGCGCUGAUGACGACGCGAUCCGACGGCGGCGGCUCUUUGCCUUGCGAGCGGUGCGGGGUGGGGGGAAAGACGACGAAGCUCGACCCGCGACAGAAGGAUUUGCCUUGUAA